UCACCCUCAAUGGGAUAAUUGUAUUAAAAGCAUCAUCCCAGAUCUGAUACACGCAACACAAAGGCACCAGAACUUUCCAUCCAAGUGUGGAGACGGCAGCUAUCCCUGGAGAUCCCUCAGGAAGAUGUUUCCACAAUCGGGGAAAUCAAUCGUCUUUGACAGCUUUCCAGAUCCAUCCGACACCUGGGAGAUCAUCGAGACCAUCGGAAAAGGGACGUAUGGCAAAGUCUACAAAGUGCUAAAUAAGGUCAAUGGCAGCAAAGCAGCCGUCAAAAUAUUGGAUCCAAUUCAUGAUAUCGACGAGGAGAUUGAGGCGGAGUACAACAUCCUGAAAGCGCUGUCAGACCAUCCCAAUGUGGUGAAGUUUUACGGCAUGUAUUAUAAGAAGGAUCUGAAAAAUGGAGACCAGCUGUGGCUGGUGCUGGAGCUGUGUAACGGAGGCUCGGUGACAGAUCUGGCGAAGGGCAUGCUGAAGAGAGGAGACCGUAUGGAUGAACCCAUAAUCGCAUACAUCUUGCAUGAGGCCCUCAUGGGUCUGAGGCACUUACACGAGAAUAAGACCAUCCACCGCGACGUCAAAGGGAACAACAUCCUGCUCACCACUCAAGGAGGGAUUAAGCUGGUUGACUUUGGAGUGUCUGCCCAGCUGACUAAUACCCGUCUGCGGAGGAACACGUCCGUUGGCACACCCUUCUGGAUGGCUCCUGAGGUCAUAGCGUGUGAGCAGCAGCUGGACUCCACCUACGACGCCCGCUGUGACGUCUGGUCUCUUGGAAUCACCGCCAUUGAACUGGGAGAUGGAGACCCACCCCUGGCAGACCUCCAUCCAAUGAGAGCUCUGUUUAAAAUCCCGAGGAACCCUCCUCCGACUCUGCACCAGCCAGAGAUCUGGUCUGAUCAGUUCAACGAUUUCAUUUGCAAGUGUCUAAUCAAGGACUUUGAGCUGCGGCCGAACGUGCAGGAUCUGCUCCAGCAUGCCUUCAUCAAACAGAUUGCAGGCCGAGAGAAGACUCUACAGAAACAGCUGAUGGAGCUCAUCGACCUCAAUCAGCAGAUGGGAGUCAUUGAGAAAACCAGCCAUCAUGGAAAGACUGAGAGGAGAGACAGUAAUGACAGGCAUGAGAGGAUCCACACUAAAAAAGGCAGCAACAUGAAGUCUCACAGCCAGGCACUGGACGAUGUGGAUGACCUGGCAAUCCUUGAAGUGCUUGAUGAAAAUACAAUCACAGAGCAGCUACAGAAACGCUACACGAAGGACCACAUCUACACGUACGUGGGGGACAUCCUUAUUGCAGUAAAUCCCUUCCACAAGAUGGAUCUGUACACUCAGCAGUACUCAAAGAUGUACAUUGGGGCCAAGCGCACUGCAAACCCUCCUCACAUAUUUGCAGUUGCUGACAUUGCAUACCAGGCCAUGGUGUCCUACAAUGCUGACCAGUGCAUCGUGAUCAGUGGGGAAAGUGGUGCAGGGAAGACAGAGAGCGCCCACCUGCUGGUCCAGCAGCUCACAGUGCUCGGCAAGGCGAACAACCGAACCCUCCAAGAGAAGAUCCUACUAGUAAACAGUCUUGUGGAGGCCUUCGGGAACGCCUGCACGGUCAUCAACGAUAACUCCAGCCGCUUCGGGAAGUACCUGGAAAUGAAGUUCACGUGUGGAGGAACAGUGGUGGGCGCUCAGAUCUCAGAAUACCUCCUGGAGAAGUCCCGCGUCGUUCACCAAGCUGUCGGAGAGCGCAAUUUUCAUAUUUUCUACUACAUCUACGCUGGUCUGGCGGAGAGAAAGAAGCUUGCCCACUACAAGCUAUCUGACAGUAAAACUCCAAAGUACUUGCAGAAUGAACACAUCAAACUCGUGCCUGACAUUGUGGGCAGUGCCUUCUACAAGGAGCAGUUUGAGGCAGUAGAACAGUGUUUUAAAGUGAUUGGCUUCACUCUUGAGGAACUGGGGAGUGUGUACAGCAUCCUUGCUGCGAUCCUAAAUGCUGGCGACAUCGAGUUCACCUCAGUGGCUUCUGAGCAUCAAACUGACAAGAGCAACAUCAUUAACAUGGCUGUGCUGGAGAGUGCCGCCUCGUUGCUGUGCAUCCGUCCGGAUGAGCUGCAGGAGGCGCUGACCUCUCACUGUGUGGUGACCAGGGGUGAGACCAUUGUCCGGUCAAACACAGUGGAGAAAGCCACGGAGGUGCGGGACGCCAUGGGAAAAGCUCUGUAUGGACGCCUCUUCAGCUGGAUAGUGAACCGCAUCAACUCUUUGCUGAGACCUGACAACCCGUCUGGAGAGGAAGACAAGGAUCUGAACAUCGGCAUCCUGGACAUCUUCGGCUUCGAGAACUUCAAGCGCAACUCUUUUGAGCAGCUCUGCAUUAACAUCGCCAACGAACAGAUUCAGUUCUACUUCAAUCAGCACAUAUUCGCCUGGGAGCAGGACGAGUACCUGAAUGAGGAUGUGGACGCGCGGGUGAUCGAGUACGAGGACAACCGGCCAUUGCUGGACCUUUUCCUGCAGAAGCCUAUGGGCAUGCUGGCGCUGCUGGACGAAGAGAGCAGGUUCCCUCAGGCCACUGACCAGACGCUCGUCGAAAAAUUUGAGGACAACUUGAAAUCCAAAAACUUCUGGAGACCAAAGAGGGUUGAUCUUGGCUUUGGAAUUCAUCAUUAUGCUGGAAAGGUGAUCUACAAUGCUGCUGGGUUCCUGGCUAAAAACAGAGACACUCUACCUGCUGAUAUCGUCCUACUGCUGAGGUCCUCGGAGAACGACCUGAUUCGCAAACUAGUCACCCAUCCGCUCACUAAAACAGGUAAUCUGGCGCACACUAAGGGCAAGACGUCGGGAACGGCCCGUCUGGGCACACGCACUCCUCAGCGCACCAUAAACUUCGCCAAGAUGGGAGUUCUGAUGUUAUUCAGUUCCCUCUCAAUCAGUGAGGGGGACAGCGGCGGGGAGAGCACGCACCACCCUCGAGAGACCACCAACAUGAGGACUCAAACCGUGGCCUCCUACUUCAGAUAUUCUUUGAUGGACCUACUUUCAAAGAUGGUGGCGGGACAACCUCACUUUGUCCGCUGUAUCAAACCCAACAAUGACCGCCAGGCCCAUAAGUUUGACAGGGAGAAGGUUCUGAUCCAGCUCCGCUACACUGGCAUUCUGGAGACAGCCAAGAUCCGCAGACAGGGUUACUCUCACCGGAUCCUCUUCACCAACUUCAUCAAGAGGUACUUUAUUCUAGCUUUCCGAGCAAACGAGGAGCCGGCUGUGAACCCUGAGACAUGUGCAGCUAUUCUGGAGAAGGCUAGGCUGGAGAACUGGGUUCUGGGCAAGACAAAGGUCUUUCUGAAAUACUAUCACGUGGAACACUUGAACUUGAUGAUCAGGCGGAACACAGACCGGAUCAUCCUGGUGCAGGCAUACGUUCGGGGAUGGAUGGGCGUCAGACGCUACCGCAAGAUUCUGGAGAAGAGAGAGCAGAGUGCAGUAGUCCUGCAGUCAGCAUAUAGAGGGCACAAAGUGAGAAGACAAGUGGCUGAUGAUAAAAGCAAAGCCAAGCUGGAGAACCUCAUCAUUAAGCUUCAGGCUGUGUGUCGAGGGUAUCUGGCGAGGAAGACAUACAAGGAAUUAGUCGAUGAGAAGAACAAAGCUGCUGCCAAGAUCCAGGCCCACUAUAGGGGACACAGAGAGAGGAAAAGUUUUCAAAAGAAAAAGGAGGCCAUGCAGAAAGAAAAAACACAGAAGCAGGAGGUUGCACCAAAGGAAGACAAGCCAGCUCCUUCAGAAUCAAUCCAGGAAGGUGAAGGUGUAGAGCCAGAUGAUGCAGAUGAAAAGGCUGCUGUGGUCCUCCAGAGCAACUACAGAGGCUACCGGGAGAGGAAGAAGUUUAAAGAGCAACGAGAGCGGAACAAGACUCUAUCUGGAGAUGAACUUACUGUCCCUUCUUCGAGUCCUGGAGAAGAUUCUGGACCUGAAGAGCAGCUGGAUGUUGUGGCUGAGGAACAAGAGGCAGAAGAAGCAAACCAGAAGGCAGGAGAGGAGGAUGUGGAUACUGAGCAGGAGGCCAAAGCAGCCACGGUUAUCCAGAGCAACUUUAGAGGUCACAAAGAACGCAAGAGGCUCCAGGAGGAAGGGAAGCUCCCAGCCAGAGGGACAAAGGCCAAGCAUACCCAAGCAGAGGUAAAGGAGUCUGUUGCAGAGUCCUCAGUGGCAGAAGAACCAGGACAGAAGGAAACAGCACAGCCCGCAGGAGGAGAGGAAGAGGAGGCCAAAGCAGCUGUAGUCAUCCAGAGUAACUUCCGCGGCCACAAGGAGCGCAAGAGACUCCAGGAGGAAGGGAAGAUUCCGAAGAAGAACAAGAAGGGAGAGGAAGUGGUGGAGGCACCACUUGUAGGCCAGGCUGUUCCAGGUGGAACCCAAGAAGAAACGCAAGAAGAGCCCAGCACAGACCAGGCAGAGCAAGACGAGGAAAGAGCGGCCACUGUCCUGCAGAGUAACUACCGAGGCCACAGAGAGAGGAAAAGACUCAAAGAACAGAGAGAAGGAGCGAAAGGUGCUCCAGGACCCCAAGAUGAGGAGUUGCAAGAAGAGGAGAUGAGGAGGGAGGAGGAAAUGGGUGUCCAACUGGAGCGAGAGGAGGACGCUGUGACAGAAGAGGGACAGUACGAUGAAGAGCAAGCGGCAGUGAAGAUCCAGAGUAACUUCAGAGGGUAUAAGGACAGGAAGAACCUUAAGGCCACAGCCCAGAGAGAAGAAGAAGAAGUAGAAAGGUUCUCCAAACAGAUAAGCAGUGUCUCUCAGGACUACCUGACUCUGCAGCAGAAGCUGAAUGAGAUCAUACUGGCCCAUCAGAUCAGCCCUGGCAGCAAUGGCAUGUUUAUGAAGGGACAGGCCCUCAAUGGCUAUGCCGGGACCCAACAGCAGCAAUCAGUCGAUCCAAAGCAGACACGGACGCCCCGCCGAACCCAGAAACCAAAGACGCUCAACACGCCAGAGGACGCCACUUACUACAACCUCAUCCACCGGUCAGUCCAGGACGACAAGAAGAGGCCGCGGAAGCAGAGCCCUAAGAAACUGUUGGACAUUGAUGACCAGUACUAUCAGGGUUUGAGCAGUAGUAAAUCCACAAGUUGCCUGCCCAGCGAAACGCAGUCGUCCAGUGAGAUGAACGCCCCAGCAGAAAGGAGACAGUCCACCGAGAGACCUCUGUCUGACGUCCCAAAAUCUGACACCCCGAAACCUCCGAAAGAGAACAGGCACUCUUUUCCCAGAAUGCCCUCUACAGAGAGUCAAAGUGAGGACAACCCUUACGACUACAGGAAACUUCUGAGGAAGACCUCCCAAAGAAGAAGGCUUAUCAAACAGUACUAGCAUCUCUGCCCACACGCUUGUUGCCAGCUGGUGUUCUGGGCUACAUAUUUUGUAAAUAUUAAUAGUAGUGAUACAGUGGCUACCUGACGAGCCACACUGUGCGUCCUCCUUAUGAACCUUUUUCAGAGGUUAUUAAAGGAAGACUUCAGCCGGAACGCUGACAUGGCUCACAACGAAUGAAAGCUGGUGUCAGGCAGUUCGGAUGAAUGUGCAUAAUGCUAACUGGGACGAGCUUUUAUGCAUCGUUAGUGUAGAUUUAGGGUUGGGAUUUUCCUUUAACUCUCAUUAUCAGCCCAUGCAUCUCAGAAUAAAGAUGCUGUUCAUGGUAUCUUACGUGUCUAAAUAACUUUUAUAGUUGUGAUGACCUUCAGUCUGGGCCCGUUCAGAGUUAGUCACGCGGGGCUAGAUUGGAUUUCAUAAUGAGAAAACACAUCUGGAGACAACUUGCUAUGCUGGGUCGGGAGUCAAAGCUCGGAAUUGUGUCAUUUUGGAAUUGCGUAAUUGGACCUUACGCAGUCAAGCCAUAAGAUAGAGGCCUCCAUGAAAGCGAGUCUGGUUAGCUGACCGUAGUCAUAUGAGUGAUGGCAUUCAUGACCUUCUCAAAACAAAAAAUUAUGGCCAGUAUUAUAGUUUAACUAAUACUACUAAUAAUAAUCAUUUAAGUUUAAGUUGUUUUUAGGUCAAAGGUGGGAAACUGAGCUACCAGCCUUAGUCAAACAUGGCAUUAAACCUUUGGGGCUAUAUUGAAACAUGGGUACAUCCCACCCACAGAUUCUUCUAGUAGACACUCUUUUAACAUCUGGAAUAUAAUCGAUAACACAAGCAGAACCAACUGGUUAGCGAAAUGCUGGUUAACGUCCCUGCUCAAAAAAGACCAUUAGAGCCAUUAGGAUUAAAACCAGAUGGGAAUUGGCUUAAGGUUGCCGUUAGAGAUCACUCAUUUCCUGUAGCACACCUUUAGAUUGCAUUAGGAGACCAUCGAAUGCAUCUGGAAUCAGUCCCAGAACACCUUUAUUACCAUUAAAAUCCUGAUGCAACCCAUCAGGAAACACAAAAUACCAUUACUGUCUAUUUUGCACAACUAAGAACCAACAGAAAAUGGGUUCUAUGAUUUUUGUCAGCAGGGUUUUUCCCUUGUAAGAGGUAAUGUUCAUUUUCACCACUUCUAAUAUGUUUCUGCACAAGCAACUCACAUCUACCUGCUUAACUGGAGUUUUGGGAAGACUUUUAAGCCGCGCAUGUCUUUGUUCACCAAAGUAUAAAGAGUUUAAUAUAGAUAUAAAUCCGUUUACACUCCAGUUGUGGACCUAAAUGUGGUUUUCCCAGGGGAAAAGUUCAUGUUGGUACCUUUUCAUAAUGUAAUGCUUUGAAAUGGAAGAAGACGGUUAAAAGCCUCAGGUUGGCCCUUCAAAAAUGUAACUGCAGUGGAAUAGAGUACAGUUAUGUUCCUUGAAGGUACCACCCCAGUGACAAUCCAGUACCUUGUUUCUGAGUGUGUGCAUAUGUGGACUAACUACAGGCUUCUUGUGCAUCCAUUUUCUAAGCCACUUCUCCCUCAGGGAGAGGGAGAAGCAGGGG